AUCUUUUCUCAGGUCCCUGCUUUUUCCAUCACAUUCGUGCCUAUUUGGCCCAUUUCAUCCCGCCGCACUGCAAUUGUCCCUCAGCUGAAUUUUCCCCCAUGGUGGUGACGACUCGAGCUUGACAGUUCUUGCAACCCACCCCAGGCACCUCCCUCCCCUCCCACGUCCUUACUUGGACACCUACCUAUCUUAUCCCUUUUCCUUUUGCUCCUCUCCCUUCCCCGUCUGUUCCCCGAAUCCGUCCCUCUCAUCCCAAUUUCCACCCUUCUUCCCAGGCUUCUCCUUCGGACCCGCUGCGGCCUGUCUUCCUCUCUCCUAAGGUGGUGCUUAGACUUUCACCGAUGAUCCACGCUCCAACCCGACAGGACGCGAUAUUCUCUCAGUACCAGCCCGAGAGAUAGGACAGAAAAGCGAGACAGACGCCUCACCUCGUCGCCACGCUCGAACCAACACCGGCUCUCUCCCUCCAUCGACUAUUAGCGUUGCGUACUGCUGGGUACUGCCAGCGCUACACGUACUGCUCACACAACGCACUGCAAAGCCAACACGUCCGAAUCACACGGGUUUAGUCACGCCUGUACUAGCAGCAAUCCAGCCUGGCUGGCCUCUUGACUUUUCUUAAUUGCUGCAAGACCCCGUCGACUGGAAAUCUCUCACCCAAACCACCCCCGACCUGACCUGCUCUACCUUCCUGCCGUCUCUUGGCCGCAUGCUGGCCGUUUUCUUCUCUUCUUGCAUCGCUUAUUCAGUUGCGUCAACGACACAAUCCGGCGUCGGCUCCGACAUCAGUCUUGUGUUUCUUUUUUCUUUUGCUUCUCUUGAGGAAUAUAGACGGUCUAUCCAAAGCGACAUGGAGGACUAAGCAGUGCACUCGUCGAUGCACAAACGCCCCAUACCCGCAUUUUACCUCGACCUCACUUCAUUUGACUCUAGGCCUUGUCGGACCCAGCUCCAGCCUCCCCGUGUCUACUCAUAUUCUCUGGGCCUUCGUCGACACACGCCUCGGCCCGCAUUCGCAGUCCGCCGUCGCAAGCUCAGGCCUAGGCCUAGGAUCAGGCCCCCGUCGUUGUCUGGCUUUCGGCGCAAUCCCGUCUUCACCGCAGACGCAUCGAUCUCAUCACACUUUCCAGUUGCACGUAGCAAUUCCCUACCAAGCGCAGACCUGCAGUACCAUAUUCCCCUAAACUUCGAUAUCGAGUCACGGUGCAAACCGCCAAUGCCUUUGCUAGAAGCCGUCAAGGCCAGUAUCGGAUCAAUACCACAACCAUGUCCCACGGACCACCUCAGCCGCCCCCGGCCAGUCUGUUCGGCUUCGGGCCCCAAGACGCCUUUUCUGCCUUUGAUGCUAUGGCUGAAGCCGACCCCAACAUGAUGUCCUCUCUCCUGGACCCGACAGUCUAUGGGAGCUUUGACGCCAUGUCCAUGAGCGUCGACAACCCCAACGACGACAAUGCCAUGUCCACCUUCAAUUUUGCCGGCAACACCCCCAUGCCCGACGCCAUGGGAGAUGAUACGCCUUCCAUGAGCAACAAUUAUUCAAACAAUGGCGACGAUGCUUCCAGUAUCGUUGGCGGCGGGCCUCCACCCGCCGGCGGCAUGAGUUCGCAGGCCAUGCAGCAGGCCGGCAGUACCCUCACCGAAUUCACAAAGAGACGGAACUGGCCCGCGAAAGUGGUCGAGGAGCUCAAGGACUUUCUCCAAAUUCUCGACGCCAAUGGUCGCAUACGAUACGUCUCGCCGAGCAUACUGAACCUAACAGGCUACACUGCCGAGGAGAUCGCCGACACCUUCCUCAAGGACCUAGUUCACCCAGACGACGUCGGCGUCUUCGUCGCUGAGUUGAACGAGUCCAUAGCAUCGGGAAAUCCAUUGCGCCUGUUCUUCCGGUUCAAGAAGAAGGACGGUAAAUACGCCAUUUUCGAGUCGGUAGGCCAUGCCCACAUUGCGGCCGCCAAAUUUGCGCCGAACCCCCACAACCAAUCACCCUUCUGCCAGGCCGUGUUUAUGAUGUCGCGCCCAUACCCAACAAAGAACGCCGGUCUGCUGGACUCGUUUUUGGAACACAAGAUUGAGAACGAACGCCUGAGGAGACGCAUUGCCGAGCUGCGCAGGGAAGAGGACAUGGAGAAUGAAGAGUCACAGCGGCAGUGGAUGCAGAGCCAGGAGGGCAGGUCGGACAUGACGCCGUCCGAGACUACGAUGACGUCUGCUCCGAGCCACGUCUCUCGCAGCACGGAAACGGGCGACAGGUCGUCUGCCCUCAACGUCGCGCUCACGCGCGAGGCUCUGGAGGGUGUCGCAGGCAGUCGCCCAGAUUCGUUGAAGGACAAGAUGGCUAGAUACGAAGGGACAGCUUCGCAUACGGACACCAUCGAGAUGUUGACCGGGCUGAGAUACAUUGAGGGCGAAAGAAGUCGCGGCAUCACGACAGGCAACGCAAGCCCAACACUGAUCAAGGGCGACGCCGGAAUCGCCAUCCCACUCGAUCGCGACCCUCGGACAGGCGACAAGAAGAAGAAGCUCAAGACUUCGGAGGAAUACGUCUGCACGGACUGCGGUACACUGGAUUCUCCCGAAUGGCGCAAAGGCCCAAGUGGACCCAAGACACUAUGCAACGCCUGCGGUCUUCGGUGGGCCAAGAAAGAGAAGAAAAACCGGCAUAGCAAUAGCACCAGUCAUCAGCCAGGUUCGUUGCAAGUCGAGCAUGGUGGGGGCUAGCCCUCCCAGAAUCACAACGGCCGACAGGUGUCCCAGAGGGUUGGGUGCGGGCGGCUAUCGUUUGUCAUCCGGAGUUAGCGUCUGGAAGACGACACGGCGCAAGACUAUUGUUGUUAUUUUUUUGACGAACAUAUGGCUGCCUGCUAUGUUUUUGGUCUUAUUUAUUCACAGCAACCGAGAUACCUUGAACACGACUGGGUCAUGGAACGCACGGAGCGGGGUCUUUGGAUAAGAAGUCUCCACGGGAGGGAAAUUCAAGCCAUGUUGCCUCCAAUAUUCACA